UUUACUGUUUAAAUGGCCUACACAGCUGUUAUAUUGGAUUUGAAGGUCCAUGCAGUUGUUACAGUGAAUAUUGCCCCGUAGUGCAUUCUGGGUGUCUUUUUUUAUCGUAGCUGUGAAAUCGAAUCUCAAUCAACUGCUAACUUAGCAAAGGGAAAUCGCGCCCGUUAUGGAGACGUCGAGCAUCAUGUGGGCGUCGACGUCUGUCAUCACUUUCGUGGUGAUGGUGACUGCCACGCUCUACCUGUACAACUAUCUGCUAAGGAAGAACAGAAGGUUCGCUUGGGCCUCCCUCGGCCGGGAUGUGGUCGUCCUGCACAUCACUCCCCGCGGCCGCUUUGCCCCCAACAUGUCUCCCUUCGUCAUCAAACUGGAGACCUUCCUGCGGAUGGCAAAGAUACCCUAUAAGGUGGACUUCGAGGAGCCUUUCGGGCCCAAGGGGAAGACCCCCUGGAUCACACUCAACGGCGAGGAACUCACGGACUCCCAAAUCGUGAUGGAGGAACUCACGCGCCGCUACGAACUCACCGACAAGCUUAGCGUCGAGCAGCAGGCGGUUGCGAGAGCGCUUACCGUGAUGGUCGACGAGCACCUCAUAUGGGGACUGCGUGUGUGGAGGUACGCCGUGGACCGCGGGCAGGGCUUCUCCGAGUGCAUGAGCAGCGUGCCCUUCUACUACAAGUGGCUCGUUCCUAUUCAGUGCUGGCGCAUGCGUAACGCGCUGUGGCAUCAGGGUAUGGGAAGGCAUACGUACCAGGAAGUCAAGAACAUUGUCAAACAAGACUUGGCGGUGAUCGCUGGUUAUUUGGGUGACAGACCAUUUUUAUUCGGGGAUGAGCCUUGCCAAGCGGACUGUGCUGUAUUCGCUCACCUGGUUAACAUUCUCUACAAUUACCAGCGCUCACCAUUCUACGCCAUGGUGACAAACGAUUUCCCGAAGCUCAGUGAAUAUGUGUCGAGGUUGAGGGCGAAACUUUGGCCGAACUGGUACCUCCUCCUUGACCCGGCACAGCCUCAGCGCCGUCUAAGUAUUUAAGGGCUACUUAGAUUAAGAUAUAAGUGUGAAAAAAAAAGUCUGUUAAACUCCGAGAGGCAUGGCAGUAUGUUAUCUGACGAAAAUAAAUAUCAAAUUCCUUU